AUGGAUGCAGGCCGGGGCAGCACCAUCUUCCCGAUGCCGCAGAUUCCAGCGAUGCUUUUCCCACCACCACCGCCGCCCCCAUUGCCACCCUCCUACUCCUUUUCCUCUUCCACCUCGGCCCACCACGCGCGAUCCAUCACCAGCUUCCCCAUCCUCGUGCUCACCGUGCUCGGCAUCCUCACCGCCUCCGUGCUCCUCCUCGCCUACUACGUCUUCAUCAUCCGGUGCUGCCUCAAGUGGCACCGCAGCUCCCCCUCCGACGCCGCCGGCCACAUUGCCCGCCGCAGACAGCGCCAGCCUGCCACCUCUGGCACCAGCGGCCUCCCAGUCUCCGGCGCACCACCCACAGAGGCGCGCGGGCUCGAGGAAGCCGUCAUCCAGGCAUUGCCGGCCUUCAGGUACAGGAAGGCCAUCAAGAAUGCCGCCGCCGCCGCCGCCGCCGCCGCCGCUGAUUCUGCCCCCAUGAGCGAGUGCGCGGUGUGUCUCGGUGAAUUUGAGGACGAGGAGAGGGUCAGGAUGCUGCCUGCCUGCCUCCACGUCUUCCACGUCGACUGCAUUGACACUUGGCUCCAGGGCAACGCCAACUGCCCGCUCUGCAGAGCAGCCAUCACCGGCCACUGCCUGCUUCCGCCACUGGAUCAGCUCCCGCGGCUCGACGAGGUGGCCAUCCAGGUCACCCCCACCACUGAGGAAGAUGAAGAACCCACGCGGGCACAGCAGCAGCAAGCCAGCACGGCUAUGGCGUCUUGUCAAUCUGCAGGAGACACCGCUACAGAUCAACAGGCCAGCAGUGACAAGAGGAAGAGCAGCAAUGCUUGGCGUGAUAUCGAUAUCAGCAGUAAGGCAGAUGAGUGCAUUACGGAGAGGCGGGACAGAGAUGUUAUUCCCUUGAGGAGGUCCUUCUCCAUGGGCGAAAUGGCUGGUGGGGAGGUUCACCUGCAGAUUCACAACAUUUUGCAGAGGAAUACUCACUUCCAUGGGGAUGAUGGUGAUAGCAGCUCAAUGUAG